AUGAAAACUCGACUAAUUAUGAACAGUAUCCGAAUUGGCAUUACCGAUUGCGCUCGUUACAGCAAUUACGAGCGAUGGUUCUUAGAUGCGCCUGUAAAAGUCGAUAUUAUUCGUUUGUCAUAUCGACUAAAUAAUCUCAAUGAUAUCGAGCAAUGCCAAGGAGUAGUUUUGUCCGGUGGAGAAGAUGUAGAUCCACGUCGAUACAAACGACCGGAUCUUCUUGGUCGAGUAGAAUUCACUGAUAUUGAUGAAAAACGUGAUGAUUUCGAAAUGGAAGUCAUUCACCGUUCCUUACAACUGAAAUUACCUAUUUUAAGCAUCUGUCGAGGUAUGCAAUUAUUCAACGUUUAUCAUGGCGGCACAUUGGUUUACGAUAUUCCCACUGUAACAAAAAUCAGCGGUCAUGCGAAAGUACAAGGAAUUGAUCAACGUCACGAAAUAAUUGUUCGAGAGAAAACUCUUCUAAAGGAAAUUACUGGUUGUAUCAAAGGUGCGGUGAAUUCAUCACAUCAUCAAUGUGUUGAGAAACUUGGAGCAGAGUUAACUGUUGCCGCCAUAGCAGAAGAACCGAUUAUUGAAGCAAUUCAAUGGAAAAACGCAAAAGAAAAUCCAUUUUACUUAGGUGUUCAGUGGCACCCGGAACGGAUGGUUGAUCAAACAAGUCCAUUUUCAUUUAAUAUUCGUCAAGCAUUUCUCGACUAUAUUACCAAAGAUGAAGAUUCGUUCGUAAGCAUCAUUAACGAAGAAGAAAGUUCUGUUCAUCAGAAUGAAAUCGAAAAUCAACCACCAUUGUCAUCAUCACAAAUAGUGGACAAACAAUAG